GCCAAAAGGAAACCGUUAUCCUUUGAAGUCCCUGAAUUUAACAAUCAGCUUCUUCGGACCCCUGCCCCUUUACUUGGACAGGCUGAAAGCACAAUGAAUAAGGAACAGCUGCAGUCACCAGAGUACUGGGAUGAGCUGCUUCAAGCUUGUCAACCUGUAGAUGAUUUUCUUGUAUUUAAAACUUUUGGUAAUGACAAGGGCUCAUCAACUUACUCUUUCCAUGCCAAUGAUUCUGUAAAAUCAGAUAUUAGCGAUGAGGAAAAUAAUGUGUACUUUGUUCCAUCAAGCCUGAUUGAAAGGUGGGGAAGUGCCAUGGAUAUUGUUUAUCCUCAUUCAAAGCGUAUUUGUUGUUUUACAAAAAGCUAUUACAGAUAUGUGAAGGGUACUGGCUCCCUGUUGGCAACUGUCCAGGAAAAGACAGAGAAUAGAACACCUUCGCUGCAGGAUCUGUCUCUUAGAUACUUCACACCUAGGGAGGUUGCGAAUUUGCAUUCUUUUCCAGAAGACUUCCAGUUUCCACAACACAUCAGUCUUCGCCAACGUUAUGCAAUGCUAGGAAAUAGUUUAAGCGUGGGAGUGGUUGCUCCACUCCUUCAAUAUCUCUUCAAGAACCCCUUAUGAUUAUGCUAUUAGCUGAAGCUCCAUCUGUACAAGUUUUGCUGGAUAAAAUGCACAGCCAACAGUUUGUCCCCUGAACAACCUGAUCGUCUAGUACAAGGACGCACUAAAGAAAAGCAGUGCUGACACGUAGUCUAUGACUUUGGUUAAGAACAUGGAGAAUCUUGAUCCAAGUGAGAGAGGCUUGUGUUUUGACUUCAGCAAACCGUGUUCUGCUCACUUGUGUGCUCUGCUCAUUGGCAUUGUGCAUAGAAUGGUUCUCAGCUGCGCACAAUAUUUUGAGAUGUAUAAGAUUGAAGUUGAAGGGGAGAACUGGUAAAGUUGUUGUCAUGUGACCAACCUUGAAAAAAAGUUGUGUACUAUAAUAGAUCCUUAUGGCUGGCUCUUCCACGGGCCCUUAUAGCGUGAGUUUUAGUACAUUGGGGUGCCCCUUUGUGUAAGAUUGAAGUCACUGUCAACAGCAAGACUGCUGGCCUAAUUUCAUAUCUAAGAUCAAGUGGGUUGAUUUUUUUA